AUGGCGAUAGAUAGUUCGGAGUUCAGAUUUGGGAGAGAUGACUUACUUAUAGAGUAUAACGUUAGGGAUUUUUUGAAGUUGGUACUGAAUAAUCUCACUUACGAAACUAACAAUUUGAUAUCACUGUACGAUGGAAUGGGGUCGCAACUAAGAGCACUAGAAACACUAGGAGUCGCUACUGACAACUGUGCAGCAAUGUUGUACCCAUUACUAGAAUCGUGCUUACCCGAAGAAAUAUUGAGAACGUGGAAAAGGAACUCCAAGAUCUUCAUAAUUGAUUCCGUGAAAACUCGUUUGGAUGAACUCAUGGAAUUUCUGGAACGUGCAGUGGAAAACGGAGAGAAGAUAUCAUUGGCUACCAAUAUUGAGAUGAGAAACCGAAAGAAAGAAUUUUAAUCGAAACCUAGCGUUCCCUCUGCGACUGCCUUUCUUAAUCAAAAUCCCAGAAGAGGUUUCUGCCAGGAACAGCACCCAAGCAAUGCUUUUCAAAAAACACUUGGGUUGUCAAUUGAACAAAGAAAACAGAAACUUCUUCAAAAUGGAUCAUGUUACAGGUGU